UAAUGAUUUUGUCAUUACUCUGUUUUAUUGGAUUUGUUGUAGGUUUCCCAAAAGAAGAUGAAGUUGAUGGAUCAACAUGGUCUAAGUUUAAGAUUCCAUUUUCUGGAAAGAUGUAAGGAAUAAGUUAUAAUAAUUAGGUAUUCUGGUUAUUUACCAAUCGAUGACGCUGGUAAAAAGCAAUUCCAUUAUUUUGCAUUUCCAGCAUUUAGUUUAGCUGGACCAUUAUAGGCUACAUUUCCAUUAGUAUUGUGGUUAAAUGGAGGUCCUGGAUGUUCAUCUCUUUAUGGAGCAAUGGUUGAAAAUGGUCCAUUCACAGUAGAAUUAGGUACAAAUAAUUUUAAAUAAAAUCUAUUCACAUGGUUGAAUUUUGUAAUAAUGAAUUACUAUUAUGAUAGGCUAAUAUGUUUUAUUUAGAAAGUCCAGCAGGAGUAGGAUUUUCUUUUGGAAAUACAACCACAGAUGAUAAGAGUACAGCUAAGGAUAAUUUAAAAGCAGUAUUAGAAUUCUUUAAGAAAUUCCCAGAAUAUAAAAGCAUAGACUUUUAUAUAGCUGGAGAAAGUUGGGCUGGAAUAUACAUUCCUACAUUAGCAAAUGAGAUUAUUGAUUAUAAUUCUAAUGCAGCACCAGGUGAUAGAAUAAGAUUAAAGGGAUUAAUGAUUGGUAAUGGAUGUACAGAUCCUACAGAAUGUACAGAUCUAGGAUUUAAUUUCCCUGUUCAUUUUUAUAAAUUCCUUCAUAACCAUGGAUUUAUUAGUGAAAAAUUAAAUGAUAAAAUUGAAUAAAUGACAAGUUAUUGUCAUAUGAAAGCCUAUCCAGAAUGUAUGGAAAUCUAUGGAGAAGUUAUGGAAUAAAUUAAUGGAGAUGAGUAAUAAUACUUUAUUUAUUAUUUUAGUGAUUAUUAUUUUAAUCCAUAUAAUGUAUAUGGAAAAUGUUAUUAAUUACCAUUUUAUAAUGAGAAUGGAUAAUUAAUCAAAGGUAAAAGGUUCAAAUUACAUCCAAUGAAAGAAGGUGUAGUUGGAUAAGUUAAUGAAUGUUCAGAAUCAGAAGCUUUAUUCCUUUAUCUUAAUAAUGCUGCUUUUAGAAAGGUUAACUAUGUACAUUUAUUACUUAGGCACUUCAUAUUAGAGAGGAUGCUGGCUAUUGGAACGAUUGCUCUAAUAUUGAUUAUAAUAAAGAUCCUGGUGCUACUUAUCAUUUAUAUCCUAAACUUUUAAAAAAUGGAAUCAGAAUAUUAAAAUUCAGUGGAGAUGUUGAUGCUAUUGUUCCUAUUACUGGUACUUUGUAUUGGAUUGACAAAUUGUAAAAAGAAUUAAGUCAUUAAAUAUUAUUAUCAAUUUAGAUCUACCUACUAUUGAAGAAUGGAGACCUUGGUAUAAACCAGGAGAAAAAGGAACAGAACCAUAAAAUGCUGGUAAUGUAUGGGAAAUUGAUGGCUUAACCUUUGUAUCUGUAAGAAAUGCUGGACACAUGGUACCUAUGGACUAACCUGAAGCAGCUAGUAUAAUGGCUAGUCAUUUCAUAUUUGAGAUGCCUUUGCCAUCAGAUAUACUGUGAUGGAUAUAUAUAUAAAGUGUUGCAUUU